AUGUCCAUUGAGAAACAGUUUAGCGUACAUGCGGUUCCAAGUUUCAAACAACGUUAUGAAAAUACCACCUUGUUGGGCAUGAUAUUAAAUUAUGGAAAUGUAAGUAAGAUGUUGGCAUAUGCAUGCAGCUCAACUAUUGAGUUCAUUGUCAUAAUGAGUCUCAGAAGAAUGAUUGUAAUGAUAUGUAUUCAUUCUUACAGUGCUACACUGAAACCGAUGAAAAAGUUAUUUCGAGAAGUGAGAAUAAUGAAGACAUUGGAUCACCCAAAUAUUGUCAAAUUGUAUGAGGUCAUUGAAAAUGAGAAAUGCCUCUUCCUUGUCAUGGAGUAUGCCAGCAGAGGGGAGAUAUUUGACUACUUGGUGGCUAAUGGAAGGAUGAAAGAGAAAGAUGUGAGGGCAAAGUUCAGACAGGUUUGA